GGACUUUUAAUUUGAAAGCCUCUCACGGACCUCACUCGUCGUGUCACUUUGAGGGUCAGACGGAUUUUUUCCUCUCCACCGCUACAGGCAGAUUAAAACGCGUUUAAUAUUAUUUAAAGCGGCUCGUAAACGACCCCCACCUACGACCUCGACGUCUUUACGCCAUCGCCGCAUUCACCGGACACAAGAUUAUUCAGUGAAUUUAACCAACUUCGGCUUUUUCCACUCUUCUCUCAAUGCGUUGCAAAUAUGAUGAUGUCACCGACGCCACUUUUUCCUGAAGUUAUGGCGGAGAACAACUUUCCUAACUUCUCAUGACCACUGAAAGCACUUGGCUUUACUAAUGGAGCACCUCCAGGGAGCGUGGAAGACUCUGAGCAACGGCUUCGGAAUGAAAGACUCUGCGUUCGAGGGCCCGUGCCUUUCACCAACCAUGGUGCAGGGCUUUCCCUGCCACCGUCGCUCCUCAGAUGACAGCAAGAUGCCCGACUCCAAGACUAGCAGCACUAUCCGAGUCUACCUCCCAAACCAGCAACGCACUGUGGUAAACGUGCGACCAGGUAUGACUCUGCAGAAUUGCCUGAUUAAAGCGUUGAAGGUGCGAGGUCUGCAGCCUCAGUGCUGUGCCGUCUUCAGGCUGCAUCCGGGACAGAGGAGUAAAAAACUACGGAUGGAUUGGCAUACUGACUCCACCUCUGUGAUCGGGGAGGAGCUGCUGGUGGAGGUUUUAGAUCACGUUCCUUUGACGACGCAUAAUUUUGUUCGGAAAACAUAUCUGAAACUUGCUUUCUGUGAUAUUUGCCAGAAGUUUCUUUUGAAUGGUUUCCGUUGCCAAACGUGUGGUUACAAAUUCCAUGAGCAUUGUAGCACCAAAGUGCCAACGAUGUGUGUGGACUGGAGCAAUAUCAGACAACUCCUCCUGUGUCCAACACCCGGUGAGAGCGGUGCCCCGUCACUGCCGCCGCUGACAUCCCGGCGAAUGAGAGAGUCCAUAACAAGGUUUCCAAGCUCAGCCCACCGAUAUUCCACCCCUCAUGCCUUCAACUACACCACGCCCUACCCACCCACAGGCAGCGGUCUCUCCCAGAGGCAGCGCUCCACUUCUACGCCCAACGUCCACAUGGUUAGCACUACCCUGCCUGUAGACAGCAGCAUCAUUCAGCUAGAAUGCCUGAAUACCUCCCCCAGCUCCUGGUGCCAUAGAUUCUGGCUGAAGAGGAAAGUAGGUAUUGUGCACUUCUCCCAGUCUUUUGUUGAGGCCUCACCUGAGAAUCCAGAAAAGGAUGCAAUGCGCGAUCAUGACUCAGCGGGGAGUUCCCCCAAUCAAAGCCCUACAGGCUGGUCCCAAUCCAAAGCCCCUGCACCUGCCCAGCGAGAGAGGGUCCCGUCCUUUAAUACGCAGGAGAAAAAUAAAAUUAGGCCACGGGACAAGCGUGACUCUAGUUACUAUUGGGAGAUUGAAGCUAGCGAGGUGUAUCUGAACUCCCGCAUCGGCUCAGGCUCCUUUGGAACUGUGUACAAAGGGAAAUGGCAUGGUGAUGUAGCGGUCAAGAUUUUAAAGGUGACCAACCCCACACCAGAGCAGUUCCAGGCCUUCAGGAAUGAAGUGGCUGUCCUGAGGAAAACGCGACAUGUCAACAUCCUGUUGUUCAUGGGCUACAUGACGAAGGACAACCUAGCCAUUGUGACCCAGUGGUGUGAGGGCAGCAGCCUCUAUAAACACCUUCAUGUCCUGGAGACAAACUUGAAGAUGAUCCAACUCAUAGACAUCGCCAGGCAGACAGCUCAGGGCAUGGACUACCUGCAUGCAAAGAACAUCAUUCACCGUGACAUGAAGUCCAACAAUAUCUUCUUGCAUGAAGGGCUCACAGUGAAGAUUGGGGACUUUGGUCUUGCAACAGUGAAGGCCAGGUGGAGCGGCUCACUUCAGGUGGAGCAGCCGUCUGGAUCCAUUCUCUGGAUGGCUCCUGAGGUUAUCCGGAUGCAGGACAACAAUCCCUACAGCUUCCAGUCUGAUGUCUAUUCCUAUGGAAUUGUUCUUUUUGAGCUCAUGACGGGAGAGCUCCCAUACGCCCUCAUAGCAAAUAGAGAUCAGAUUAUCUUCAUGGUGGGAAGAGGAUAUCUGUCCCCCGACCUGAGUAAGCUCUACAAGAACUGCCCCAAAGCCAUGAAAAGGCUGGUGGCCGACUGCAUCAAGAAGUCCAAGGAUGAGAGGCCACUCUUCCCGCAGAUCUUGUCCUCCAUCGAGCUUCUCCAGCAUGCCCUCCCUAAGAUAAACCGCAGUGCCUCAGAACCGUCCCUGCACAGAGCCUCUCACACCGAAGAUAUUAACGCCUGUUCUCUGACUUCCACCAGACUGCCUGUGUUCUAGAGGCUCUAGAGGCACCGCCCCUUCUCCUCACACUUCCCCUCCUCUUCGAAAUAUCCCAAAUAGUCCAAAUGCUCAGUACAACCAAAUUCUCUACAUGCAGAUGCCAAUAUAGGCCUAAAAAUGUACAGCACAUGCAAUCAAUCAUAAAACCACACUUAUCAAUAAAAUAUGUAAGAAUAAGAGGAAAGGGAGAAGCACAUCUGAGUUUAACUCUGGAAGGGAGUGAGUGAUGAUGGAUUGCAGUGGACACAAAGAAUUUGCCAUAACAUACAUGAAGGUGGUGCCUUGCUUACCACUGCACAUAUUAAGAAGUAUGCAGUGGCCCCGCGGUGGCAUAGCAUUCAGUACAAGUUGUAAAUACACGCACGCACACCUACCUAAGACAGCGAUAAAUGGACACUGAAGGAAGCACAAGAGAAGGACAGAUAUGUCUCUUGAUUUGGGUUCUGUGAUUUGAAGCUCACACCCGUCUAUCUGGUCGCCCUGAUUUCUGAUGAAGAGGACCUUUAAAGCUUACCUGCCUUAAGAGGAAGCAAAGCCUGGACACCGAUCCUGCACAACUUCACUUCCUCUUACACAAACAAAGCCGUUGGAUGUAGUCCAUUUAGUUGCACAGUAGUAGUUCAUUUUACGUUGUCUUACAUGAUAAUGAAGUAGAUAUGGGAAAUUUCUCCUUUUUGUUGUUGAUCGUCUUUUUGUCUUUGACUUCUUUUUAUUGUCUUUAUUUUUUCGGGUCUUUUUGGAGGAAUUAUAGCCUGUCAGACAGUGAGCAUGAGCGAUGAUGAAAAACUUUGCACAUCUAAGCAAAAGCAAUGGUUAUGUUUCAACAAUGGUUUCGUAGCUCGGAGUAAACUGAACUGCAGAGAACCCACACAUUCUCAUCAGUCCUUCCAUGUGUCGGUUAUCACGAGCUGGACAUGUGGCGGUUGUCUUAAAUAUUUAAAAUGAUUUUGGAAACUAAUUUGUAUUUGUUUAUCAUGUCUCUUUCAGGAGGGUAAACAUUUUAUUGUGAACUUGGUGAGAAAGUUGUCUGUUCAAUAUUUUAAUAAAAUUAAGUUAAAAUUACUUUGCCAGAA